CUGUAAGUGACAAUGACACUGUCAAGCUUUCCUCUGACUGAGCAAUAAAAACUACUACCACUCCUUUUGUCUCUCUCACUGGUAAUUUACCCCAGCUCUCAGCAACUCUCGGAUCUCUCAGAUCUUUGAAGACAUUGACAGAGCAACAGCAUGGUGUCCGGCGGAAGACAGAUUCUGGGUUUGGCCCUAGCUAUCAUCGGCUUUCUGGGGAGCAUCAUCAUCUGUGCCCUACCCACCUGGAAAGUCACAGCCUUCAUUGGUGCCAACAUUGUCACUUCUCAGGUAAUCUGGGAAGGUUUGUGGAUGAACUGUGUGACCCAGAGUACAGGCCAGAUGCAGUGCAAAGUUUAUGACUCUCUUCUGGCCUUACCUCAAGACCUGCAGGCCGCCAGGGCACUUGUCAUCAUCGCCAUCAUCGCUGGGGUCUUUGGGAUCCUUCUUGGUGUGGUUGGGGGAAAGUGCACCAACUUUGUGGAGGACGAAAGGGAAAAGAGCAAAGUGGCCAUUGCCUCAGGAGUUAUCUUCAUCAUCGCAGGCUUUUUGGUGCUUGUCCCUGUCUGCUGGACGGCCAACACCAUCAUUCGUGAUUUCUACAACCCUGUAAUGACCAACGCUCAGAGGAGGGAGCUGGGGGCCUCGCUGUACAUCGGCUGGGGCUCUGCAGGGCUACUGUUCCUGGGUGGGGCUCUCCUCUGCAGCUCCUGUCCCCCCAGAGAUGAGAAUGACUAUGAUGUGAAGUAUGCAAAGGCACGUUCUGUAGAAAGCAGCAGGGCCUAUGUUUAGAUCUUCAGUGGAAAGCAGAAGUGGGACAGUAUGUUGGAAAUAGACAGAUGAAGAGGUUAUACCUUAUAUUUGUCCCAUUAAGAUGAGUCAGGUUCCAUAAUUCAGAAUUAUGUCUAGAUAGGAACUUUUUCAGUAUGAAUAUUUACCUUAAGUGUGUGUUAAGUCUUAAAAACGUCUAAUAUGUGUUGGAAACAUGUAGUUCUUUGAUUUUCUAUAUGUGAAGAUAGAUACAAAAAUUUUGUAUUUUUAAUAUACCUUUUCUUUUUUAUGUUUUAUUAGUCCCAUAUAGACACUCAGCGUGUUCUCUAUGAUGUGUCAGAUUCAGAGCAUCUGUUAAAAAAUGACUUUAUUGAUGUAAAAUCUGCCUGUGUAGUUACUACUCUGUGUCUAAGCCUGAUAUUUCUCAAUCAAACUAUAUGAUGUUUUUCUCUUUGUAUAAUUUGUUUGUAUGUUUUUUUCUAUUAAUGCAUGGUAUUAGAUGUAGGUGUGUUAAGUCACGUAUUUGUGAGCAUUUGGUUUGGUGAUUUUUUCAUCUUGUCAUGGCAGUUUUUAUUUUUUCAAAGAGAAGAAUAGUUACAGUGUUGACAAAUGCCACAAAAAAUAAAAAAAAAAUAAAAAUACUGGCUGAGCAGUGGAUCUGGUUCUUCAAGUGUACCUAAAAGAAUCCUUACGAACAGGCUGUGUAACAAUGUGCGUCGUUCCUGACAAACAAACUUUGCUAAAUAAAGAGACUGAGUAAUUAC